UUGUCUUGACUCCGCCUCCCUUCUGGUUGUCAUGGUGAGGCGAUAUACAUUGAGGUUCCAGGACCCGAAGGCUGGAAACUGUUAGAAGCAGUCGCCAUGGAGUACACAGGGAGCAAAUUUAUCGGGGAAUAUGUAGAUAGGAGGAUGGAAGGCAACGCCGAAUACAUCCUCCCUACUGAAACAAGGUAUGUCGGAGAGAUGAAGGAUGGCAUGUUUCACGGCAAAGGAACCCUGUACUUCCCCAGCGGGAGCCGAUACGAUGCUGACUGGGAGAAGGGACUGGCUGUCAAGGGCACGUACACCUUCGCAGACGGUCUGCAGUAUGAUGUAGAGCACUGGCAUUAUUGCGACAGUUAUGACCGGAGAUUUUACACGGAGAUCUGCUAUGGCUUGAGACCUUCAGUUAUCUGUCAACUCACCAAUAUGGACCCACCCAGAAAAAUACCCAAAGGCUGUUAUGAUUGUGGAGAUGGCUUCUACAACCCAGUCACAAGGAUCAUCAGGGACUACAAAAGCCACUUUCUGAGAAAUGCAGGCUCUCAUGCCUUGGCCUGCUCUCCUGGCUUUGAACAAAACUCAUUAGCUGAGCAGUGGCUCUUGAUCCUUAAGAUGCUGAUCCUGUGUAAAGACUUCUGCCCUGGGUUCCCUGCAUCCUGGCAGGUAACCAGAAGUCCCAGGGAAGGAGAUGACGAUGAGCACGCGUGGAUCAUCCGGACGUGUCGGAAGGGUGAGGACAAGAUCGUGGGUCACGAGCCCAAACUGUGAACCUUAACAGCCACCUCCACCAGAGGUUUCCAGCUGCCCUGCUGGCACUGGCUGGCCUGGUUCUAGUUUUGACAGAAGAAUAAAGCCUUCCUGCACUCAGUGGGCCCAUGUGUGUACCUUAGAAGACCGUUUCUCGUUUCUCAGAAAGCACUCUCAUUUCACCUGCAUCAGAAUCACGACUAGCUGUUCCCAGGCCCCAGCCUAGACUGGCUCAACAGAAUCUCUACAAAUGGGACCUGGCAACAUGCAUUCCCAGGCAUUUCUCAUGCGUAUGAAAGUUCUGAGAACCAUUGUCUUAGAGUGGAUCUGUGGAUCUGAGUGAGAAACUAAUGGACUAGGGCAAGUGUGCAUUUUCUCUGCUCACAAAAGCCUGCAAGGGAGGACUGGAAAACACAGCAUCCUCAAAUGGGGAAUCAGGUUCAGAGGGCAGUCGGCCUGACUACUGUGUAUAUCUAUAGCUGGUACAUUCCCAUAAGCCCAAGAAUGACUACCAGGACUGCCUGUCCCUCUUACAGCUCCGCCAUUUCGGCCGCAUACCGUAGGAACAGGAUCAGUGUGGUGCCACCGAAAUAAUGUGGCUUGGGCAGCCUACAUGCCUGGGUUCAAAUCCCAGUUUAACCACAGGUACCACAUAACCUCCAGGACAAAGCCACCCUACAAGCCAGUGCUGUGCAGAUGCUGGGGCCCUGUCUCCCAUCCCCAAUUCUCCUACCCCCACCUUAUUAAAUUCUUCCCUAUCUUCCCAACAGGCUCUGGGUACUUCUCUCCUCUACCCCCCAGCCAUACUCUCCUUUUGUUUCUAGUCUGUGAUCUUCUCAUCUGAUAGCAUCCUGCUCAAAGCCUCCCUUUAUCCCUCACAGCAUGGGGGGGUGGUUGUUAUAGCAAUGGACAGACUCAGAGCUCCUCUAGGGCAGGGUGGGGCUGGGACCUCUCACUAAAUCUGUUGAGCCAGCACCCAGCCCCCGUACAGAGCUGCCUGCCGUCCAGGGAGAAGAGCAGAGAACCGAAACCAGCCUGAUUUUCAAAGCUUACUGAGACACAAGGGCGAUGUAGUACUUGAAGAAGAAAUCCAUCAUUGUGCCUUUGCAGCACACAGUUUACUAACAGGAAAAUGGUACCUACUUUCCAGGGUUGCACUGCCCAACAGCCCAGAUAUUCUAGGAGCCAGACACCUAACCCCUUAACUAGAGAACAGGAAAGAAAUGGAAUCCCAUCAUGUUCUGGAUUUAAGUGCCAGCACUUCUACUCGCAUUAACUUUAUUUAUUACACAAAUAAGACAUUUACAAAGCACGACAUGAAAGGUAUGUAACAAAACAGACAUUGGUUUUACAAAAAAGUGCUUACAAUUUUUUU